UUAAAAAAUUACGGGAUCUGGAUUUCAAAGCAUAUUUUUUUAUAAUUCUCGUAUCAAAGUUACGCGUGAAGUUAGUCGUAUUGACGACAGUUGAGAAAACUUGGUCAACCAGUCAAGAGUGUCAACUUAACAGUGUCAAGAAGUGUCAAUGUCAAUGUGUCUGUGUCAAGUCACAAUCAAGUUAAAAAUGGCCGAUGAAGUACAACUUGCACAAGUUGCCGAAGCCGGUGGAGAUACAAUAUUUGGCAAAAUAUUAAGAAAAGAAAUUCCAUGUAACUUCAUUUAUGAGGAUAAUUUGUGUGUUGCUUUUGACGACGUCAACCCACAAGCGCCAGUCCAUUUUCUUGUAAUUCCCAGGAAAUGUAUUCCACAGUUAUCAAAGGCUGAAGACGAUGAUGAAGCUCUAUUGGGUCACCUUUUAGUAGUGGCAAGGAAAAUUGCUCAGAAAAGGAAUUUGAAAAAUGGUUUUAGAAUUGUGAUUAAUGAUGGUCCUAUAGGUGCUCAAUCAGUUUACCAUCUUCAUAUACAUGUUUUGUCUGGAAGGCAAAUGCAAUGGCCACCAGGCUAAGCUUUUUAUUUGAUAUAAAUUGGUGUUUAAUUAUUGGAAAUAAAUCUUAGAUCAGCAAA